AUGUCGGUGGCUGGUAGUCCAGCUGUGGAGACGGCGCAGCCCCAGAAGUGCGACCUGAGCCGAGGUGGCUGUCCUGCGCUGUCCUUCCGCGGCGCGUCCUUGGCCCGGAGCAGGCGGCCGCCGACACAGGAGGACGGGCCGUUGCCGGAGAACAAAAAGGCGUCAUUAGGGGGCCGGCCUGUGCCCUACAUGCGGCGCGCCGGCAGCCGACACUGGCGCAGCCGCCGCUGCCGCUCCAGCCAGGGGCAGAGGCAGAGGCACGUGUGUGACGCAAUGCGCGCCGCGACCCGCGACAUUUCUCCGGCAGCCUGCAGCCUGCAGCCGCAGCCGGCCACGGCGCACGGAGGCAGCGGUGCGUGGCACAGACAACAGGGGAGGGGGGCGGCGGAAGAGCGGUGGGGGCGGCGGAAGAGCGGUGGGGGCGGCGGAAGAGCGGUGGGGGCGGCGGAAGAGCGGUGGGGGCGGCGGAAGAGCGGUGGGGGCGGCGGAAGAGCGGUGGGGGCGGCGGAAGAGCGGUGGGGGCGGCGGAAGAGCGGUGGGGGCGGCGGAAGAGCGGUGGGGGCGGCGGAAGAGCGGUGGGGGCGGCGGAAGAGCGGUGGGGGCGGCGGAAGAGCGGUGGGGGCGGCGGAAGAGCGGUGGGGGCGGCGGAAGAGCGGUGGGGGCGGCGGAAGAGCGGUGGGGGCGGCGGAAGAGCGGUGGGGGCGGCGGAAGAGCGGUGGGGGCGGCGGAAGAGCGGUGGGGGCGGCGGAAGAGCGGUGGGGGCGGCGGAAGAGCGGUGGGGGCGGCGGAAGAGCGGUGGGGCGGCGGAAGAGCGGUGGGGCGGCGGAAGAGUGGUGGUGGGGGCGGCGGAAGAGUGGUGGUGGGGGCGGCGGAAGAGUGGUGGUGGGGGCGGCGGAAGAGUGGUGGUGGGGGCGGCGGAAGAGUGGUGGUGGGGGCGGCGGAAGAGUGGUGGUGGGGGCGGCGGAAGAGUGGUGGUGGGGGCGGCGGAAGAGUGGUGGUGGGGGCGGCGGAAGAGUGGUGGUGGGGGCGGCGGAAGAGUGGUGGUGGGGGCGGCGGAAGAGUGGUGGUGGGGGCGGCGGAAGAGUGGUGGGGGCGGCGGAAGAGUGGUGGUGGGGGCGGCGGAAGAGUGGUGGUGGGGGCGGCGGAAGAGUGGUGGGGGCGGCGGAAGAGAGGUGGGGCGGCGGAAGAGAGGUGGGGCGGCGGAAGAGAGGUGGGGCGGCGGAAGAGAGGUGGGGCGGCGGAAGAGAGGUGGGGCGGCGGAAGAGAGGUGGGGCGGCGGAAGAGAGGUGGGGCGGCGGAAGAGAGGUGGGGCGGCGGAAGAGAGGUGGGGCGGCGGAAGAGAGGUGGGGCGGCGGAAGAGAGGUGGGGGGGAAGAGAGGAGGGUUGGGGGAGAUGGGGGAGAGUGGUUAG